AACAGUAACUGUAUUUGUACAAGCAUAAACCGUUGCUCGCUCGUUGAUGGAGACGUACUAGAAAAGGCAAGGUGAGGAGAGGAUGGGAUUGGAUGAGUGGGAAUUUGCAACUUGGAGAAAGAAAGCAACAACGUGAAGGAAAUGCAUGCUUUGAUUAUUCCUCAGUUAGGCAGAGGAAUAACAGAACAAGAAAACGAGAGCACCAGUAAAUUACUAAAACAGUAAACAAUGCUUCUCUAAUUGGACUCCGGCCGCCGUUGAUUGAUGAUGAUGGGCCAAGCUAAAGCCCAUGCCCAAACUGAUGGUGGUCAAACUUACUUGAUACUUCACAGCAAAGCCCAAACCCGCAAAACAUUACCCACUCCCACUCCUGUAUUGGGCCAGCGGAAGUUCUUAAACCACUCACAAUAGCUAGCAACCACCUAAUCCAUUUGUGGAAUGGAAUAAGAGAGUAUGCCGUACAACUCAAGCGAUAGCUAUUUUGCAAGUAUGAAUGUGGAGUAGUUUGGAGAACAUGAUUCAGCACAUGGAGUCACCGAAUUUGUAGAUUUUGUAGAAAGUUAUGUUUUUUUGUUGCUUUUUGUAUUGUGGAUUCUAGCUUUAGAGAUUUCAAAUUUCUAAAAUGCGGAUAUCAAAUCUCUCAUAAUCAGAGAGAUUCUAUAACUUGAUUCGUGGGCUUUUUUCUCUCAUAAUUUUUCUUAUCCUUUUAUUUAUUUAUCACAUGAAAUAUAUUUAUCAACAAAGUUUUUUAUAUUUCUCGAACCACUAUAAUUUUUUAUUAAGGAUAAGCAUGUUAUUUAAUAAAAAAUUAAAUUUUUUAUUUUACUUGAAUGUUAACAAUCACAGUUACCAAACAAUUAAAAUUUUAAAAUCUGUUUUCAAUAAUCUGAAGAGUUAGAAUCGUUAGAUUGUUGACAAUCUAUAGAUUUAAACUCAUAUUCUCCAAACGAUCCCGUGGUUCAGUCAAUAAGGUAUUGUUGUUGUGAUUGUUAUAUCAUUGUUGACAUAAAAUUAGAUGGAUUAAUAUUUUUAACUGGAGUUACAUUGACAUAAUACGAUAGCCAAUUUGAUCCCACUACAACGAUUGGCAUGAAAUGUUCAUAUUAUUCAUAUUAGAUUUUACUGUUACGAGUGUAGGUAAUUUUUACGGUCCAGGCCAGCCAACAUUAUGCUGCUCGCGUAAAUCGUAAAUGUUAUUGAUACACAGAGAAACAAAGAAAAAGAAACGUCGACAUAUUAAGAAAAAAAUCAACCUUGCCACGACAGUUCCUAGUCACAAGUUUUAUGGAUUGGUACGUGCAGGCCCCACUAGCCCACUCGCCGGCCCAUAUUCGCUUAUUUUUUCCAGCUAAACUUGGCAUAUUCACUACUCAAGGCCAUUAUUAAACAGCCAAAAAAAAAAAAGAAUUAUUUUAUUUCAAUGGCCACGAAUUAAUUUCGUAUCCGGUUUCACUCCAACGCCCCGCCGUUUUGUCCUUUCUUCCGCUUCCCCCCUCUCUCUCUCUAUUCUAGCGUGAACGUUCACUUCCCCGAGAGAGAAAAAAAAAAAAUGAAGCAGCAAAUCCACCAGCACCACUUGUUCACCUCCUCCGCGCCACAACCGCCGGCCCAGCACCUCCGCCAUCAACUCCCCGCCGGAGCCUCUCGCCGCCAUCGCCGAGUGACGCUCUCCGUCCGUUCUGUUCGAGCAUCUACAAGUAACUCCGAAGAAUGCGGCCAGAGUCAAACCAGCAGUACUGGCGCCGCCGGGACGAAGAGAAGACAAGUUCUGAUCGCUCCGCUACUGACUCUCGGGUUCUCCGUCCUCCACUCCGCCGUCUCGAGGGCGGAUGAAGCUGUUCUACAAUCGCCGCCGGCUACUCCUCCUCCUCUUCCAUCUCUGUCUCCGCCUCCGCCACCGCAGGUCCAACUGCCAACGGCCGUGGAGACAGCGAAGAAGGUGGAGGUCGAGGCGAUUCCGAUAAACUCGAGAAUUUACGACGCGACGGUGAUUGGAGAGCCUCUGGCUAUGGGGAAGGAGAAGAGCGCCAAGGCAUUGGAUAAACUGACGAGUGCGAGGGUAGUGUACUUAGGUGAGGCGGAGCAAGUUCCGACGCGGGACGACAAGACGUUGGAGCUCGAAAUCGUGAAGAGCUUGAGGAGUCGAUGCGUAGAGAGCCAGAGGUCAAUUUCGUUAGCAAUGGAGGCGUUCCCUUGCGAAUUGCAGCCUAAGAUCGAUGAAUUCCUUGACAAGAGGAUAGAUGGAGAAGCUUUCAAGUCUAUCCUAUCAAAUUGGCCACCUGAGCGAUGGCAGGAAUACGAGCCUCUUUUGAGCUAUUGCCGCGAGAAUGGGGUUAAGAUUGUUGCUUGUGGUGUCCCACCUAAGAUCCUGAGAACCGUCCAAGCUGAAGGCCUCCAUGGGCUUUCAAAGGCGGACCGCAAGCUGUAUACACCACCAGCAGGAUCUGGGUUCAUCUCGGGUUUCACCUACAUCUCCCGCAGGCUAAAUGAUUUGAGUUCUGCUGAAAACCUUUCGAUUCUUCCCAUCGGCCCCAGCUCGUACUUAUCUGCACAAGCAAGAGUUGUCGAGGACUACACCAUGUCCCGAAUAAUCUUGCAAGCAGUUAAUGAUGGCGGGGCUUCUGGACUUCUGGUGGUGGUGACAGGUGCAAGCCAUGUUACUUAUGGGUCAAGGGGAACCGGAGUGCCUGCUAGAAUAUCGAAGAAGUUGCAGAAAAGGAAUCAAGUUGUCAUACUGCUGAAUCCCGAGAGGCAGUUCAUCCGAAGAGAAGGUGAAGUUCCUGUUGCUGACUUCUUGUGGUAUUCUGCUGCAAGACCGUGCACCAGGAAUUGCUUUGAUCGUGCUGAAAUUGCUCGAGUUAUGAAUGCUGCUGGUAGAAGGAGAGAUGCACUACCACAGGAUCUUCAAAAUGGUCUUGAUCUUGGUUUAGUAUCACCAGAGGUGCUGCAGAACUUCUUUGAUCUGGAACAAUAUCCUCUUAUCAAGGAACUCACUCAUCGUUUCCAGGGUUUCAGAGAGAGGUUAUUGGCAGAUCCAAAAUUCCUGCAUAGGUUAGCCAUAGAAGAAGGUAUAUCGAUCACCACUACCCUAAUAGCACAGUAUGAGAAACGCAAGGAGAAUUUCUUCGAAGAGCUCGACUAUGUGAUUACAGACACCGUCAGGGGAUCUGUUGUUGACUUCUUCACCGUGUGGCUUCCUGCACCAACACUUUCUUUCCUUUCAUACCCCGAAGAUUUGAAUCCCUCUGAAAAUAGUGUGGAGGCUUUAAAAGGCCUGCUGGGUUCCAUCCCAGAUAAUGCAUUUCAAAAGAAUCUUGCGGGGAAAGACUGGAAUCUGAGUCACAGAGUUGCAUCUGUGCUUGUUGGUGGUCUUAAGCUUUCUGGUGUAGGAUUUGUUUCCAGCAUUGCAGCUGUGGCUUCUUCAAAUGCUUUAUAUUCAGUUCGCAAGCUCUUUAAUCCAGAGUUGGUGACUGUUCAAGGAGUUAGAAGAUCUCCAAUACUCAAAACCGCAGUUGUUUAUGCAAGCUUUCUGGGCAUAUCAGCAAACCUGAGAUAUCAGAUCAUUGCCGGAUUAGUUGAGCAUAGGAUUUCUGAUGAAUUCGCUUCACAGACAAUACUUGUAGCUAUGUUGUCUUUUGUUGUUCGGACUAUCAACUCCUACUGGGGAACCCAGCAAUGGAUCGACCUUGCACGCUUUUCAGGGCUACAAAAAAGAAAUGAUGAACCAGCAGCUUCUUAUCAGACAGUGGAUCUUCCUAUAAAUCCUGUUGUGGGAUGCGAAACUACCGACGAAGCGAGUACCGAAGAAAUCAAGAACUAAUGAGGAGAGAAAUGCUUCACUGGAGCAUUGUAAAGUAUACAUCCCAACUCAUAAUCUUUGCUGAAAGAUAACAACCACAGUUUUGAUACCUCUCUUUCUGUUCUUCCUUCUCUCUCGAAUACAUGUAUCAUCAAAUUUUGGCGCAAAUGUGGAUAAUUAAUGUACACCUAGAAGACUAGAACAGGUUAUUUUGAACUUCUUCUAGUCCAGCGGAGUGUACAGCAUCUAUUGUUAUCUUCACGUUGAGCCGCUGUAGAGGGCCACGUUUGUGCUUGUAUCAAUGUCAACUUCAGACAACCGAAACCGAACCUGUGAAGUGCGAUAAGCUCUUAACGGUUUCAGUUUUGACAAUUGGCUAAUUUGGGUUUCGGUUUCUAAUGGUUUUCAUUUGGUUAACCGAACCAACAUCACUGGGUGUACAUAGACAUUAUUUUUGUAUAGGAACUUGCUCUACUAUCAAUUGUGACAAAUACAAGGAAAUGAGUGGUUAAAUAUGGAAACACAAGUCGUUCGUACUUGAUUGUCACAAGUCACAACAUAACUCUUAAGAAACGGAAAGUUACAAA